UCAGCUAACUGAGCUAACUGCUGAUGAGAACGGAGCUCGUAUCAGCUCGUAUGUCUGGAGGUCAUACAUAAUGGGUCAUACAUACUUUAACCUUUAAUAACCGGCUUUUUUUCUUAUAAAAAAAUUUGGAUAAAUAGAAAACAGGUUGAAUCAUUAAAACUUGAAAAACAAAUAUAAAUAAAUAUAGGUAACUUCUAAGUUACAUGGCGCUACAAAGGGUUAACGCGAUUUAAAAAUUGUGCAUUUAAACGCAUUUAAACAUAGAAUCGAAGUACGAAUAUACUGCUUGUGAUCUUUUUAGGUUGACAAGCUCUAUUUUUUUAUCCUUUCAAUUUCAUGCAAAAUCUGAAUAAUUAUCUGAACGGGAAUUUAUUAAAAGCAUAAAGUGGAGAAUCAGAUUUACUGGAUUAACCUCUUCUCUCGGUGGAUAUAUUUUUCACAUGUAUAAUACUUUAAUCAAUCCAAUCGAAAUUUUAAAAGCAAAAAAAUUAAGUAAUAAAUAAGCUGUUGUUUUAAUGUAUUGAAACAAUAUACAUGACGAAAUAUGAUGUCAAAUAAAACUGUGUUUGUCACGGUUGGCACGACAAAAUUUGAUGAUCUGAUAACUACAGUUCUGAGUCAGACAGUCCUAGAGGCUCUAUCUGCACAUAAUUACAAGCAUCUGAUCUUACAAAUUGGCAACAGCAAUUUAGAACCGGAUUGCACUGCACGUUAUGGUUUUGAUAAGAUAGAAACUUUUAGAUUAAGUCCAUCCAUUGGGGAAUAUAUGCAACUGGCAGAUCUUGUGAUAAGCCAUGCAGGUGCAGGCAGUGUGUUGGAGGCUCUAGAAAAACGCAAACACUUAAUUGUAGUGAUUAACGAUCUCCUAAUGGACAAUCAUCAGAUUGAACUAGCUGAGCAGCUGUACAAAGAUGAGCACUUGUAUUAUUGUACUUGUCAAAAUUUGUUGAACACUAUACAAACAAUGGACUUGGCGAAGUUAAAGCCAUUCACCAAUGACAAAAGUGCAGAUAUAGCUAAUUUUAUCAAUAAAAUAAUGGGAUUCAAUUAACG